GUGGGGGCAGAGCCGCUGCUGGGGGGCCCGGGGGAUCCUUUAUCCCCCUGGGGCAGCUGCCAGAGGCCGAGGACAAAGUCCUGGUUCCUAGGAUGGAACACCUGCUGUUUACCUCUCAUUAUCUUGCUCGAUUUGUUUAAUGGUAAAUUCAAAUAAUUCCCUGCUGUCGUGUCUCUUUUUCCGGUGACAGGUGACUGAUCUCUGCCUGGCAUUACUAAGACCUUCGAGACUUUCCUGAUGUGUUCUGUUCCCUGCCCAGGGACAGGAGCAGAGGGACAGAGCGGUUCUGCUGGCACCGGGCACCUGGCAAUGCCCAGCCCAGCCCAAGAAUCCCUGCCAGAAUUCACUGCAGCAUUUCCCGGCCCCACGGCGGCUCCGGCUCCGCGGGCAGGCGGCUCCAGGAGUUGCAAGUGGGCAAAACGGGGCCGAGGGAGAGGAGGCAGGUGGUGCCCGUGGGUGAAAUGUCUUUGCUGCGAGCUGGCAGGGAGAGGAGGAGGGAGCAAGUGGUACAAAGGAAAGGGGAGAGAAAGAGGGACAAGGCUGGAGCGGUGGAAGGCGGCGGGGAUGGCCAUGGGGCAGGCGGGCAUUUUGUUUUGCAGCUGUGUGUGGUGAAAAGAAGAACUGUCAAAUCCGUCCAGGAAAAGAGAAGACGAAUGACAGGUGUAAAAAUCGCCGAUAAUUUGGAUUCAUUUGAUCUGCCUGAACUUCAAAUGUCCCGCCGGCAGACAGCGCCCUGGCGGCUAGGGUCCCGAAAAAUCCACGUCUGCUGUAAGAAAAAUGAGAAAACGAGACAGAGCAUCGGGGAAGGAAAGCAGAGCCCGGGGGUCUCCGAGCCCCUCGUUGCUUUCCCGCUCGCUGCUUGGACAGAGUGGCCCAAGGACGCCCCGCGCCCAGAGCGGCGCCAGCCCCGCAGCGGCGCGGGGGGCUCAGGGCGGGAACGGAGCGGCGGCGGAGCUCGGAGAUUGCUCCGGCACAGGGGGACCCGCGCCCGGUGUGCCCCGGCUCGGGGCUCGCUGCGGGUCGAGGGGCCGCGGUGAGGGGCAGGGGGCGGUUCAGUGUGCCACCAGCGUGGGUGUGAAGCUGUUCCCGAGGCCGAUCUCCAAAAGGCUUUUUCAGCACUCCUGAUGUCUCGGGAGCAAGGGGCUGUUUGUUCCCAGCAGAGAGAUGCCGGCUGUGAGCUGGAGGAGAGUGAAUUGUGCUCCGAUCAUGGAGUUGUGCAGGAGCUCCUGCAUCUCCAGGAGGGACCAGCAGCUGGGGUUCCACACUUGCCUGGGGUGCAAGAAGCCACUUGUCAUGAGCAGGGGGAUGCCACUUGUGAGUGUGCAGUGAGUGGAGGUGUGGAAAAUGAAUUCUGCACCAGUGAUGGAAGUGUGAGGGAGCCCCUGGGUCCCCAGGGAACAUCAACAGCCGGCAAUGGACACAGAAGGAUCCUCAGAAGAUUCCCAGGCAAGCGGUUCAGGUGCCGUGCCGUGCCCGUGUUGGUGCUGGUUGUGCUCGUGUUGCUGGUGCUGGCUUUGGCGGUGGCCUUGGCUGUGCAGUCAGCCCCACAGCUUCCAGUCACACCUGCAACUCCGCUCUUGGUUCUGGCCUGUCCCUCUGGCUGGGUUGGCUCCAAUGGGCUCUGCUACUACUUCUCCAAGGAUUACAGCACCUGGGAGCAGGGUCAGGAACGGUGCUCUGAGCUCGGGGCCUCCCUGGCCAUUGUCAAGGAUGAGGACCUGGGUUUGCUCUUCCGCCUCCGCGGGAACGUCGAUUACUGGCUCGGGCUGCGCAGACGGGGCCAGCGCCUGCACUGGGGGGACGGCAGCAACUUCAGCUCCUGGGUUCAUGUCCUCGGCAAUUCCGAGUGUGUGUUCCUGGCUGACAAUAAAUUUGUGAGUCAGAGCUGCUCCAAUGAGCGGCCGUAUCUGUGCAGCAAGGCCCAAGCUCCCCUGUGACAGGAGCUGCAGAAAGGACCUUCUCCACGCUGGGCAGUCCCAGGUUCACCUCUCAGCCCGGCACAGGCUGUCCUUGCUCAGCUGCAGCCUGUGCCUUGCCCUCACUCUCAGGGUCACCUCCGUGCCUGUUCCUCGCCACUGCCAAGGCCGGGCUGGGUGUCCAAAGGAAAAGUCUCCGCAAUCCCUCCUGGCCCCGGUGCUGCCUGCAGGGAGGGCAUUGCCCCCGUGACACCCCCAGCUCCAAGGGCAGCCACCAGCGCCCCUGCCGGCGGUGCGGGAACUGCAGCCAAGGGGAAAGUGCCUGCGGCCGAGAGCGCCUGGGGCUGGGUUUGGGCUCUGUUUGUUGUUAAUGCCGCCCUCGGGGUUGUCUGUCCGCUUUGUGCUACGUCCUAGUAAAGAACUGUUAUUGCUCUUCUCA